GCGAGCUUCUGGCGGAGUAGGAAAAGAAAACAAAUCUUACUACAGCUUCAGGCUCAACAGCCUUCUCCUCUGGCUCAGCGGCUGGUGCCGCUGCGGCCUCCCUCGCAGCCACGGCAGCCUCUCUCGCCUCAAGAUCUGCUUCUCGUUUAUCGGCUGCUUGUUCGCGUGCCAGAACCUGCAAAUGAUCAACAUUGCCAUUCGUUUUAGAUCAUGGGAAGGUAGACAUACAGCAGCUUCCCUCGCCUCGAGCGCCGCAACGGGAUCCACGGGUGCGGGUGUCGUGUCUGCCAUUUCGAUCAGUGAAGAUGAAUGGACUUGGGAUGAGAGAGUUUUGAGAUGAGAGUAUAUAAAAGCACCAGGCUUGAAGAAAGAAAGUUGAAGCAGAGGGAGGAUGAUGGGUAUAUAAGAAGGUUCAGUUCAGGUUCAACACCCUUGGAGUCAAUGGGCGGUGAGUCUGCCAUGGGUGGGGGGUUGCCUCUCACUUGGCUUCAAAGCGUCGCGAACUGCAGGCAGCACCGACUUUCCUUCCCUUUCUCGCCCUCCCAUCGCUGCACGUGGUGCAAGAGCUUCACGCGUUCUCCCACGCAUUGGGCAGCUCCGCAUCACAUAUCUUCCGCCUCAAAAAACUUCGCCAUCACUGACUCUUUCUAUUUGACGUCGUUGAUGCACGCGACCGAAUUCCGGUACCAUCGUGAGGUUUUGCCGCCAGCAUUGUCCAACCCUAACUUAGAUGUACGCCACAAAGUGACAUGUAAACCAUCCUUCUCGAAAAGCGCUGCAAGAUUGGACAAGAAAAGACCGAGGAGUCGGUGAGGAGAAGAAAGGGUGUGGCGGGCGUGCAGGAACUCCUGCCAGAGUGAGACAUUUGACGGAGCACAUCGCCUGCGACGCGUUCUCACCGUGCAGUCCCGUGCAGGCAAAAUCUCUU